UGCGCGCGAGACAUUUGCGCGUCUGCGCAAUGUGAACGCGCGGGAUAGCGCAAACACCCAAACAAUGACGGCAGCCGAGUGGUCCUCGUAGUUCUAUUCUAAUUUACGGAAUUAAAAAACCUUACAAGAAGUCGAAAUAUAAGGUGAGACUCAAGCGUUGCUGACAGCAUGGCUGAUGACUUUAGCCAGUCUCUCACGCCACCGGUUUCCCCGUUCGCAACAGACAGCCUCUGUGAACUGACUCCAGCCCGACCACCAUGCUUCUGCUGCUCUGAAACUAAGGACGAGCCCAAUGGAGCGCUCUCUCCAGACGGCUACGUUACUAGAGGCUCUUUAAAACGGCUCCUGUUGCACCUUGACCCAGCCCCCACAGACUAUGACACAGACACAGUGGAGAUUUUUGGCUUUCCUUGGGUUACAGAAACAGCCCUGGUGGAAUCCCCAAAACUUCUCUUUCGUCUUUUCAGACAAAAGAUUUACAGGUUGGAGACAUUGGUGCAGUCCAGUUCACAUGACUUUGGUCAAGCAGGCAACCUCCACUAUGAAGCAGAAGACCUCAGAAAUCAGUGUGUUUCCUUUCUGCAGUAUGUCAAAGUCUUCUUGCACAGUGUCUUUUUAUAUAUGUUCAGAUAUGUGGAACCUUCCAGCAACCUAAAUGCAGGUCUGUCCCACCCCUAUGAGGAAGUGGAAGCUCAGCUUCCCUCUUGUCUUCUGGAGGAGUUGUUUGGCAUCACUCUCCUCAUAGGAAGACUUAAAGACCUGUCUGCCAGCGUUCAAAGUGCCUUCACUAUACAGAACCAGGGAAAGAUAUUACCUCCCUCUUGGCACUUGUUACACCUUCAUCUUGACAUCCAUUGGUCAGUUUUGGAGAUUCUCUACCUUCUUGGUCACAAGCUGCAAGGCCAGGUGGUGUACGCCCACCAGUUUGUGAACCUGACAGGAGAGAACCUGACUGAUACCAGUUUGUUUGAAGAACACCUGUGCAGUCUGCUUUGUGACCUUACUGGUUUGGCCAUGGGCAAAUACAGCAAGGUGAGGCCUACAGAGGCUCUGAGCAGCCAUCAUUACCUUUGCUCCUGCACUAAAGAGCUGUGGGUGCUCCUCAUUCACCUUCUGGAAUACAGGAAUAAAACACUGCACACGCCGUCUUUUUGGAGCUAUAUGAACACAUUGCUAAGGCCUCUGGUUUCAGGAAAGCCUACACUAGAACAAUUCAGCGGCCUCCCCACUCACUGCAAAGACCCUCUGGGGUUCACGUGGUGGUUGGUCACACAUCUAGCAAUGUUUGGCCAGUACAGCCGUAACGGUACAGCCCAGAAUGGGAAACAUUUGAGUGAUAACUGGACUUUUGUGGAAGAGUUGCUCAAGUUAACGUGUAACCCCAAGGGGGGUCUAGCAGAGGAGCCUAUUAGGAUGCACAUUCACUGCUGUCUCAGUCUCUGCCUGCUCUGGGAGCCGAGCACCAGUGCAGUAUCCACACUUUGGGACUACUACAGCAGGAAUCUGAAUGCAUCAUUUACCGUGCCCUGGCUUGGGAUGUCUGGCCUGGGCACUUUGUCCAAGACACCCCUUGGUCUGUUGGGACAAGCCCGCAGCUGCUGCUCUCCCUUUCCCCUCCACUCUCCAGGACACACACAGCUCUACCGCUCAUCCAACUCCUUCCACAUCUUCCUUCGUUUGCUGGCCCUGUGCCUCGCCCAGGACAGAGCUGGCGGAGUCCCACAGAGACAGAUCAAAGGAAGGAUUUACUCUAAGUUCUCAUCAAAGAAGAUGCAGGAGUUGUCGGAAGCAGGCCUCAUGAACUUUCUGCUGCUGUUUCUGGUGGUAGCUCAGCAGGUAGACCUGGAGGAUGUCGCCAGCAGAGCCUGUGAGCUCCUAGGCUUUCUUCCCAACAACUGUCCUAUAGGGCACCGCACCCUAGUCUGGAGGGGACAGUUGUCCCUACUGUUGCUGUUUCAGGAGAGGGGUCUGGAUGUCGGUGCCCAGGCUAGCUGGCUGGCUUCCUCCUUUAAUCAGAUGGCCAAAGAAUUCUACAAUAAGAACACAGAAGUCUCUCGCAGACUCGCCCUCUGGGGGCCGCUUGGCUCCUAUCUAGAGGGUGUCGCCGAGGUGUUUGAGACCAGCUCCAAUCUCAGCUUGUCAGAGGAAAAGCUGCUAAACGACGGCUUCGAUUGGCUGCUGCCUGCCUGCCGGCAGUCAGAGCUGAGUUCUGCUCUGGGCUUUCUGCAGACAGUCCUCGCCCAGCUCAGACGGGUUCAUCAGCGCAGCGGCCAGUCAGCACCCACGCUGACCUGUGCUCCUGCUGCUACCAGUGCGGUGAAAGAGCGCCACCUGGCGGUAGCGACGGCGCUGUGGGUCCACUUCUUACCCUUCCUGCGCAGCCUACGCCUCUCACAGACCCCUCUGCCACAGGUGGCAGAUGCUGCUGCAGGAUUCACCCUGCUGGCUUUUGAUCUGCCUGGCUCUGCCCCGCAGGACCUUCAGCCUAACCCAGUCCAGUCCAUAAUGCAGUGCUUUGGCUGGGAUGACAUGCUGCAUCCAAUCCUGGUGACUCGCUACCUUCCUCAUCUUCUUCAAAACAGUGAACUUGUGUCCUCACUAAGCACAGGUUCGGCACAGAGUCUGUCUGUGAGGGCAUGGUUCAGAUGUGUUCUACAGCAGCACCUUCACAAGAACGCUGAUGGCUCUGACAGCCGAACAGCACGUGCUGUGCAGGAGCAGUUGUGUGAACUGACGCGUCUCGUGCUAAGGCUUCCUGAAGUGGACAGUCUUUUGCAGAGAGCCAGUCUCCCGCCUCCGACCACCAGACUUGAGACCACUUCAGCUCUGGAGAUGUUUGUCAAGGCUGUUGGUGUCGUAUACAGCGGACUUCAAGUUGUGUCUGAGCGCUCUGCUAUGGUGACCAAAGCCCUUGAUUACAUUGAAGACAUUCUGAAGCACAUUAAACCAUGUCUGGUCAGCAAGAACAAAGAGGGACUGCAGCUGGUGUACUGGGCUGUUGGCUGCAUAGUGAAACACUGGAGCCCCCUGCUGGCCACAUCCAAAGCCCAGCAGCUUCUGUUCCGCAUCGUUGAUGUGCUGCUGCUUCCUCACAACCUCACCCAGCAGGACAAAGCUCUCAGGGACAGUCUGCCACUCUACCUACAGGGACUGUCUGUGGCUUCCAAUGUGUCGCAGUCUCAGGGAGCCUAUCUGAAGCAGCAGCUCCGCUCUGUCACCCGUAGGUAUCUAGACCAUUUCCUUCCUGCCUCACCUUCCGCAGCCAUAAUUGCCAACCACCCGGUACUUCUCGGUGCCUGUGAGGCUCACCCGUCCACCCGGGGCCGAGCGCUGAGAAGGACCGUUCUGGAGGUACUUUGUGACAGCUUCCUGCAGUUCAAGGGUCAUGCCCCGCCACCUCGCUUAGCUUCAGUCCUGCUGUUCCUGCUGGAGCUUCUGAGACGAAGCAGUGACUCAGACCCAGCCCUUCUCACUUUUGCCCUCACGCCUCUGCUACGUUGCUUGAUGCUGGUCAACGAGCCGCAGGUGAAGAAGACAAGCACAGAUGCUUUACAGCUUGUAGUGGAGAGAUGUGCUGCAGUAUCUACAGAAGGACCAUGUGACCAGAUGAUCACUGUCUUACGGUCCUUUGUGGAGGAGAAUGAAGGAGUCUAUGACAGACAAGUAUUCUGCAUUCUGGAGACGGUAGCUGUUUUAGAUCCCUCUGUGGUUCAAGCUCUUAUUCCCAACCUGACUCUCAGUCUGAGAAACACCGAACACAAGAGAGGACUAGGCAAGAACAUUGCCUUGAGGAGUGCUUACAGGAGGUUGCUGUGCCUCCUUGGGGAGAGUGGGCAGGCUGAAAUAACUAGUCUGGAAGCUGACUGAAAAGUCUUUUAAAAGAAGGAUCCAUGUCCAAGACCUGGCAUCAGCUCCAAGAAUCUCUUAUUAGUCAUCCAUCUUUUUUUGGCCAUUCUCAAUUUGGUCAUCAGAAAGAGGAUUUGAUAGGGACACAAGGGAUUGUACAAAACAUGCUGUUGUUGAGAAUUAUUAUGUGAUAAUGCUAAAUAUUAACAUGCUGGGAAAAUGUUGGGUCACGCAAUCAUGGUCUAUUAGCCUAAUGCCGCUAGCUUGUAUAUAAAGAAUGUUUUGUAAAGAAGGCACAGCUUUGUAAUUUGGCUCAUUAAUAACUAAUGAGAUAAAAUUUGUAAAUAAAUAUGGACAUGUUAAUGCAUCAUCUUCA